GUUCCCGGAAGUAAACAACACAAAAAGCGACAGAAAGAUACGGAGCUCUCAAGUUUUCCUUCGAGUUUUACCGAGGUUGAGAGAUUAUUCUGCCCGAGAACAACAUGUCUUUCCCGUCGUCUUUCGGCUCGCAGCUCACGGCCGUCAUGGAGGCUCUGCUGAAGGCGGUAGUGGCUGAAGUGACCGCUUUAGUGGAGGACGGAGCCAUGGAGCUGAGGCUGGAGCUCCGAGACAGAGACCGGGAGAUCCGAGAGAAGGAGCGGGAGAUAGAGCAGAGGGACCGUAAGAUACUGGAGCUGCGAGCCGCUGUGGAUGAGCUCAGAGUCCGGGAGGAGGCGGCUGUGAGCCCCGAGGAGGAGAGACAGGAGGAGAGACAGGAGGAGAGACGGGAGGAGAGACAGGAGGAGACCGAGACCUGCCAACAAGUAUGGACCAAAGACGACUCUAAACUUAUGGUGAAGUGUGAGCCGAUUGAAGAGUUCGCGACAACUUAUCCUGAUAUACACCAUGGUCUAUGGUCUUCAGCUCCACUGUGUACUACUACUACUACUACUACUACUACUUCUUCUGAUACUACUACUGCUAAUGCCACUUGUGUAUUUGAUGACAGCAGUGAAUCAACACAUGAAACAACACAAAGUUACCGCAUGCACUAUUCUGAACAGGUAGAAGAUUUCCCUCUUAUUGAACACGACGAUCUACCACUGGAUUCACUUCUAAAUGAGAAUCAGGAGCUAUUGCUCUCACAGAAACCUGGAUUUUCCCCAUUUCUUAUAGCCCAUCAUGUACAAAACAGGGGCUUUAACAGAAAGUUAGCAAAAAGGCGUUUAAAUGCAAAGGAGAUGAACUAUGCCGAUCUCAGGUGUGAUCAGUGUGGGAAGACGUUUACAGCCAAGAAGAGACUAAUGAGUCACCAAAGCGUGCACACCGGAGCCAAGCCGUUCAGCUGCAGAACAUGUGGUAAAAUGUUUUCAAGACAAGAUAACUGUGUUCGGCACGAGAGGUCGCACAGAUAAACAUGGAAAAGUUUCACUAAACAAAUUCUAACAAAGGAAGAAACAAGACUUAAAGAAGACAUAUUGUGCUUAUGUCUGCUAUAUAGUUAUAGUCUAUGACACCAGUGAUUCAUUGUUAUAUUUUGAAUAUAUAAUAUGGAUUUAAAACUACUAGCCCAGUGGGAGCUGGCACUACCCCAAAUGUCAGAACAUCAAAGAGCUGCAAAGUUGUCUGGGAAUUAAUGUACCGAGAAGAUUAAUUCAGAAUAGUAAUUUUGAGUAACUGUAUACUGGUACUUUUUCAUUUGGUGGUAUUUAGAAUGCAGUUACUUUUCUAAAAUCAAAGCAAUACACAGCAAUACUAGAUCACACAAUUUAGGUUCCAAACUGCACAAUAUUACCUCUAAAAAGUUGAUUUUGCAUAAUAAGUCCACUUUAAAAGGUGAACUAUGGAACUCUAAAAGAUCCGAAGGACAUGGUUCUCGACCGGGAAAAGUGUCCCCCUCUCCAGGUGGAUCGGUGAUUGUAUUGUACUGUUGUGGUGAAGGAUCUGAUUCAAAAGGCAAAGCUCGCAAUUUACCAGUCAAUCUCUGUUCCUUCUUUCACCUGUCAUCAUGAACUUAAGCAAGCAAGCAAACAAAAGGUGGCUGGACGGUCCCUUAGAGAUGGGAGAGCUGCUACUCCAAUCUAUCCCCAUUUCUACCACCAUCAGUACACUCACCCUGCUCUGUGGCACUUUGUUGUGAUGACAUUUACAAGGUCAGCUCCAGCCUGUAAAUCCUGGACUUUUAUUAAGUAGUUUUAGAUCAAUAUUUCAGUUUUAAAGGACCCACAUUACACUAUUCUGUUGUAAUGUUAUAAUAUAUAUAAAAUAUAUGAUAUAUAUGAUCUGUUUAUAAUGUUUCCUCAUCACAAACAGACCUGCACUUGUGUUUUGUUUCAUUCACACGUUUAACACACAAAUCCUGCAUAUUUAGGCUGAGUUCUUCUCUCAAACUGAAAACACUGUUCCACCUUGUGAUGUCAUCAUGUGGUAGUACAGGAAAUGCUCCACUCUGUUUUAAAUGCCAUACUCCUGCACUUGGUUUAUUUCAGCCCUGGAAUUGGCACUAACUUCUAAACAAAAUGUAAAAGAUGGCUGUUAACUUCUGCUUUAUGACAUUUUAUUCACUUAUAAUUAAAUAUUUUACUUUAGAUCUGCUAUGACACAUUUUGGUAAUUAAACAUUUGUCAUGUUAGUAAUUAAAAUAUUCCUGUCAUGUUAAAUGUGUUUAUUUCUGACAAUAAAUAUCUUCAGUUGUGUACUU